AAUGAAGUACGUUGCUGCAUAUGCCUUGCUUGUUUUAGGAGGAAACAACCAACCCAGUAUUAUUACAUCUCUAUUGAUUAGCUGAGGCUUAAGUUACUUAAUUGCUCAAAGAGGCUGGAGUUGAACCAGUUGCUGCAGAUGUCCAAUUAGUUGUCGAUGCAUUAAAAGGAAAGAGCUUGGCUGAUGUUAUUAAGGAAGGAUCAAAGUAACUCACAAGCUUGUCAGUCGGAGGAGGAGCUUGUAAUUCUGAUUUCUAAGUUUUUAGCAUAAAGCUCAGCCCCAGCUGCCUAAGCAACUCAAGCACCAAAAGCAGAAGCACCAAAAGCUGAAGCACCAAAGAAGGUUGAAGAACCCGAAGAAGAUGUUGAUAUGGGAGGACUCUUUGAUUGAGC